AUGAGUGACCAAAAAACUGCUACAAAGGCUUCUUUUUCAGCGGAAGAUUCUGAAGUUUUAGCAACAGCAAUAAAGAAGCACGCUAAGGGUUUAGCUUCAAUAAACAAGGAGACAUGGAAAAAGAUAGCAUCUGACUUUAAUGCUUCACAAACAGGAGGCCCCAAGACUCAAAAACAAUUGGCAAACAAGCACAAAAACGACAAAGCCAGCAUUAAGAAAGUGUUAAGUUUAAAUGUACGUGAAAUGAAGAAAACUGGAGGAGGCACAGCAAAUUUAAUUUCAGAAGAGAAUCGUGACUUAUACAAUUUUGAUAAUAGGCAAAUAGAAGGUUUAAUUAACAGCGUCGAUGAUGAUUCUCCAGAUAUUAAAGUUGAUGAUCCAAUGGGACAUCCUUCAACUUCAGGUGUUAAAACUGAGAUUGAUCAGAAGAAUCGUAAACGGAAAAUGAGCGAGAGUGGUGGAUCAGAUUAUUUUGAACUGAAGAAGCGACACUUGAGUGUAAUGACUUCUUAUUAUGAGAAGAAAACGGCUUUCAUUGAUUUGAAGAUUAAUCAAAUCAUGAAGAAGACAACUCAGCUCAAGAAAAAAAUAAUUGAAGACUCGGAAACUUCUUCUUUAAGCGAGUAG